UUUCCCGAGAAUCUCUUAUUUUCUCGGCAACGAAGCAAAAGGGUGGUUUUUGUCGGCUGAAUCAUCACAGCUAGUAUUCUCUCUCUCUGGAUCUGUAGCUGAUCUGCAUUGUGGGCUUUGUAGCUGGUAUUUGCUCCAUAGUUGUAAGCUAUGGUGACAAUCCGGAGUGGUUCCAUUGUGAUUCUGGUUCUGUUGGCUGUGUCAUUCCUGGCAUUGGUUGCUAAUGGAGAGGACAAAACGAUUAAAGUGAAGAAAGUGAGAGGAGAGAAGGUGUGCACGCAGGGAUGGGAAUGCUCCUGGUGGUCCAAGUACUGCUGUAACCAGACUAUAUCAGAUUACUUUCAGGUUUAUCAGUUUGAGCAGCUCUUUUCCAAAAGAAACACCCCCGUAGCUCACGCUGUUGGUUUCUGGGACUACCAGUCCUUCAUCACUGCUGCUGCCCUCUAUGAGCCUCUUGGGUUUGGUACCACCGGAGGAAAGCUCAUGGGACAGAAAGAAAUGGCUGCCUUUCUCGGUCAUGUCGCCAGCAAAACCUCCUGUGGUUACGGAGUUGCAACAGGAGGGCCUUUAGCUUGGGGUCUGUGCUAUAACAGGGAAAUGAGCCCAAUGCAAUCAUACUGUGACGAGUCCUGGAAAUUCAAGUACCCUUGCAGCCCUGGAGCUGAAUACUACGGACGUGGUGCCUUACCCAUCUACUGGAACUUCAACUACGGUGCAGCGGGAGAAGCCCUGAAAGCUGAUCUCUUGAACCACCCUGAGUACAUCGAGCAGAACGCAACACUUGCCUUCCAAGCUGCAAUCUGGAGAUGGAUGACACCAAUCAAGAAAAACCAACCCUCGGCUCACGACAUCUUGGUCGGAAACUGGAAACCCACAAAGAACGAUACUUUGUCCAAACGUGGCCCGACUUUUGGCAGCACCAUGAAUGUCUUGUACGGAGAGUACACAUGUGGUCAAGGGGACAUAGACCCAAUGAACAACAUAGUCUCACACUACUUAUACUUCCUCGACCUCUUGGGUAUUGGAAGAGAAGACGCAGGGCCAAACGAAGAGCUCAGUUGCGCUGAGCAGAAACCUUUCAACCCUUCGACUGUACCUACCUCUUCAUCUUCGUAAGGCACUAUUGUUAUCAAGUCUCCCUUGCUUCACUGGAGAAAUGUUACGUAAUAAGUGAAAUUGCUUGUGGUUAUAAAAAAAAAAUGUGUGUUUUUGUCCUCUCUAGAACUUAUGCAAACAAAAUUUUAUGUAUUUUUCUGUAUGUAAAAAACCAGAUAUUUAAUUAUUUGUAUUUGCGGAAUGUGUGUAAAAUAGAAAAAGCAAGGAAACAUAAUUGUGGUUUGCGAAUGAUGAUGAUUUGUUUCUUCUA